GUGUGAAACAACGAGAUAAAUAUUUCAGCACUGCUGGCUCCUGUUAAACUACAUGCAACGACCUCUGGCAGCAAUACGAAGCUUUUGGGUUACGGAAGUUUAAAAUGUCACUCUCGUGAACUUUAAAGAUUUAAUUCCAUAGUAAUAUCUGCGUAAUGAAUAACCCCAAGUCAUGUGAAUCGGGAUGUACUGAUGAUGACAAAAAUGAUUCUUUGGAAGACCUGGAGUGGAACGACUGCAAGUCUCCUGACAGGAAACAUGUGAAUGUGCUGCUGGACAUCAGUGAGGAAUACACCCUCAAAGAGCAGGAUCCGUAUGAGUCUCAGAGUCAAGGCUGGGAAGAGGCUAUCAAAGGAUGGGGUCGGUCUGCCCCACUUGCUUGCUUGUUUCAAGCACAGAGAAAAGGGAGAAAAGUCAAACCAGAAGUUAUAGAUUCCCAUUGCCUUCUCUGUGCUGAUCUGAAAGACCUGAAGCUCUCAGAGCUCCCUGACUGUGCUGGCACCUCCUCUGAAUCAUCCUGUGUGAUUGCUGAGGAGUCUUUGAAGAGCACCAUUCCUGCCUCCCUGGAGCUUCUAAAAAGAGCCCCCAGCAACAGUUCAUCAUCUUCCUCAGAAGAGGAAUCAUCUGAUUUCAGUAAAGGUGAACAGUGCAUACACAACAAACCUCUGCCUUACCACCUUCAGCCUAACGCUCAGUGCCCAUUUCUGAAAGACAGAGGUGCAGGAAAGGUUGCACUCAUUGGCAGCCUUCUUGUAUUGCCCCCUGUAAAACCACCUACACCAGCAAAUUCAAGGAGUUCCAUUUUAUUAAAGAGAAGAGAGGCUCGUGAUAUGUGUCCAGCAGAGGAGGAGAUUAAUUCAGUUGCUGUGUGUGGUACUACAGGACCAGUCACUGUUGGUGAGAAAGUGGGCACUGAUGGAGACAGAGAGAAAGCAGUUGUCAUCCCUUAUUGCAGCUCAGCUGUAGACAUCUGCCAAGGAUCCCUUACCUCUAAGCACGAGCCAGGCCAGCACCAGUAUCAUCUGUUGUCCAUCGCUGUCUCCAAGAAGGCUCAUCUGCUACCUCAGGCCACAUCCCUCCUGGGACGAAACCUCAGGCAGGAUGAACUGACCAGAUCACCUCUCAGACACAACUCUGGGCACAGACCAUAUUUGGGCUUCAAGGCUAAGAGUAUGAAAAAGGCGGAGCCUGAGCUUCCAAUGCUCUUAGGCACUAGAGUGGCAAUACCAGUCUCUGCUCAGCGCUAACUGUAAAUGUGUUGCAUUACUGACCACUGUAUGUUAAGAUGACCUGAUGUGGACUGAACUAUUCAUACAAUGCAAAACACACUAUUAUAUGUCAUGAUAAAUGGGGAAUACAGUGUCUUGAGCAUUUAUGCCCCAGAGCUUUUAAAAAGAGUAUUUUGGAAAUCAUCAAUAGUACGGUUGUAACAAUGCCUUGUGACAUCGUGAUAUCACGAUGCAAAAAACGUGACUGUGUACAUCACAGGGAUUCAACAGUGCAUUUUGAGAAUGACCAUUUAAUUACUUAUGCCAUCUAAUACAGUCCAAUUGUUUGAACACCAGAGUUGGCAAAAAGUCAACACCAAUUAACUACUGACUUCACUGUGUUUGUAUGUCUCAAUCCUCACACAUCUCAGUUCUGGGGAAAAAAGUCAUCAUUCGUCCUCAUUCAGAUGGUUUAGGAUAUCAUGAGAACAAAUCUUGUAUCACAAUUCAACUGAUUUAUUAAUGAUAUGAUUAGCCAGGUCAGUAUGUUUCAUACUUACACCGCAAGGUACUUACAUGAAACCUAGUGGCAGUGGUUUAAUUCAGAGAGGUACAUAGUAAAUAAGAUAGAAUGUAGUGAACCCUGAGAAUUUGGGCUGGAGUUCUGGGCAGUUUCUGUUUGGGCUAGAAGGUUAGACUCCCAGUUUUGAUGAAAGGUGGUAAGACUGACAGGGAACUGAGUAACAGAAAGGACAUCAAUGUGAAACCUUUGUAAUGGGAAACUGAAGGUAGAGAUGGGAAAUGUUAUGUUGGUAGGAGGGGCUUCAGGCAUGAUCCUCCCCCAAAAUUCAGUGAUUUUAUAACUCCAUUUAAUGUUAGCUGGGACACAGUCUCAGUCUCAUCAGUAGAAGUUCCUUUAAAGUGUACAAAUUAUGUAAGAAAUGGACAACAAAAGGUGGUUGAAAGCCUUGCUUUCAGUGUUCUGCGCACAGUGUUUGUAGUUUUAAUGCCCAUGACUGCCCAAGAGAGCUUUUCCAGUUACCCAGCAACUGAGCUGCCUACAAAGGCUGCUCACUGUCAGGGGGCCUCAGGCUGAUGUGGAGCACACAUGCCUUAGUAGUGAACUUCCAGCAACUGCAGAUAUUGUAUAAUCAUGUCAAUGUCAUGAGGCAUUUACAAAUUCAAGCCUUGCAGAAACACUGUUUAGAACAAUGUGUCACAUUCCAUUUGGAGCAGGUUACACUUUUUUAAUAAAGGCAAAGUGCCCCUUUCAUGGAGAGA